AUGUUGUCACAAAGAUUGCAAUUCAGUAAGCAAGCAGCUAGAAAAUUGAGCAUCACUGCAAAGGACGGUUCAGGGAAGGUUUCUACGUUAGCAGUCAGAGUGCAUGGUGGGUCCCGUUAUGCUGACAAGGACGGUUUGGCACAUCUGUUGUCUCGGUUCAAUUUUCACAAUACUGGCAACAAGUCAGCUUUAAGGUUGGUGAGAGAAUCUGAGUUACUUGGAGGGAAAUUCCAUUCUUCAGUUGACAGGGAGUACAUUACUCUGUCUGCAACAUUUUUGAAGGAAGAUCUUCCAUACUUUGUCAACGCGUUGGCUAAUGUGCUGUACAAGACGUCGUUCAGGCCAUACGAGCUUCCAGAAUCUGUGUUGCCAGCUGCCGAGCAUGACUUGUUGGUUGCGGAGGCGGAUGCAAUUACCAAGGCGGAGGAGCUUUUGUACAGUGUUACCUUCAGAAAGGAUUUGGGCAACCCGGUGUUGUACGAUGGUGUUGCCAAGAUAGGCCUGGAUGAUAUCAAGGCGUACGCCGACAAGGUCUACACUAAGGAAAACGUCCAGGUCAUUGGCCAAGGUGUUAACGAAGCCGAUUUGAAGAGAUUUGUCAACGACUCUUUGUUGAGUUCUCUACCAUUGGGCUCCUCGUUGUCCAAGUCCUCUGCUUCAGCUACUUUCACCGGUGAAGCCAGAUUCAGACGCCCAGGCAGUUCUGUCGCAGCCAUUGCGGUCCCAGUCGCCAAGAAAGAUUUCGCCACUUACGAAGUCUUAUCGAGAUACUUGACGUCCGAUCUGUACAAGUUAUCUGCCCUGGUUACCAAAGCUAAGUUCGACAAGUAUGCGCACAACGGCCUGUUCAGUUUGUACUUUGAAGGCUCUGACCCAGCCGCUGUUUCGGCCAACAUCAAAAAGGUCGUCGCCGAUCUAAAGGCCGGUAAGGAUAUCUCCUCUGCCAAACAAUACACUGAAUUACAGCUAGCUUUGGAAAAUGAAUGUGCCCUAUCCCCUGUUAACAUGAACUUGGCCAACGUUAAGGACAUCAAAUUGGGCAAGUUUAACUACGUCGCCGUGGGUAACGUCAAUAACUUGCCAUAUGCCGUGGAAUUGUAA